AUCCCAAAUCCCGGCAUCACGACCGAGCCAAAGGCAGACGCUCAACCACUGAGCCACCCAGGUGAAUAAGGUUGUCCCCGAGCACAGGUGAGUCUCCCUGGUUCGAAUGCUCCCUCGCUCACGGUUUAGCAAACCGAAAGUUAAGUCGGAAUGUUGGGAAAAUAUGGAGGAGAGAGUUUUGCCAUAAUUGUCUCCGCAGGGGCGGCGGGGCUGGGGUGCGGAGAAAGCUUCAGAGGGGCGGCCUUUGCUGCUGCCGGGAGGCCGCGGGGAGGGCGCGCCAAGCGGGGGCAGCCUCGGGAGCAGCGCGGGCGGGUGAUUAAAGGCCCCAGCACAAGAUGGGGGUGGCGGGAAGGCGCUGGGGCGCUCACCCACGGCGCCUGGACGGAGAUUGGAGUGGGAGGCCCCCCUCUGACCCCGGGCGAGGCGCAGUCCCGGAGUCGGCCAGCAGGCGGGGCCCGCUCGCCUCCUUGGAGCGGCCGUGGGCGCGGGGCGACCUCCCGGGGCCGGGGGAGGCAGCGGGAGGAGGAACCGGCUGGCUCGUCCUGCGUCCUGCCCGCGCUUUGUCUUCGCUGUUCCCCUAACUCUCCCAACAGCCCCGAGAGCAGGUCGGCGGUGCGCCCGUCACAGCUGGGGGCGUCGAGGCUCGGAGAGCACACAGGCCAAGGCCAGCGCUGACCAGUGGCGGAGCCGCGGCCCCGUGUCUUGGACUGUGACCCGCACGGGGAACCUCCUGACCUGGGUGGCGCCCUGCCCGCGCCGGGGGUCCGGGAGGCACCGGAGCCAAGUCCCGUCCUAAUUUUUCUCCUUGUCAAUUUCCUACUGUAGCCGGGACACGGGGGCACCUGGCUCGGGGGCUCCCAAACAGGCCAGCUUCGGCCCCUGGCCACUGGCAGAUCCAAAGGUGGAGGGAGGAGAGGUGGUGGAGCAAGAGAGGGGUGCACGUCGGUGAGGCCCACCCCGGGAAGACGCCCCCCGAUCCCUGAGCCGCCCUCCAAAGUGCUGAAAACACAAGGAGAAUGUGCGACAGGUGGGUGGGGCCGGGCAAGUGGGCAGCUCUAAACCUUCUCGUGAUUCCAUUUCCCACCAGCUACCUCAGCUUCCUUCCACUUCUCUGCUCGGCUUUGCGGUCCACCGCCUGGAAAGAAUUGUCUUACUUUGCCGCCUCAGCUGCUUCUCCUCCACUGGCUCUUGCAUCCACUCCCGGCAGGCUUUUGCCCCAACACUCCAUCAAGACCUCGCCUGCUUAUACCCUGUGCCGCCCAGAAUGCUCCAGAGGCCCCUCAUUUCCUCCAGAGCAAGAGCCCAUCUUUCCGCUGCAGGUCUGGCCCUACUCUGUCCCCACUCCCAUUACCUCUCAGCUUUCCUACCACACAGGGUGGGUGGCUGGUCCCCCAACCCUACCCCCAUGGCUAGGGUGCUUCCCCAGAUGUCAGCAUGGCCCCUCCUUCACUGCCUUCAAGUUGUGGAAGAGAGAAGCCAGCCUUGACCUCUCAGAGCUUGCCUGGCACUCACAGCUGGGCCUCGGUGUUCUGUGGAGCAGAAACAACUUCACGUAACAUCACCGUCGGACAGAGCCGCUGGGUGUCAGUGAUGAACGCAAAGAGGACUACUCUGUGAUUGUGUCUGAACACAGACCAAACAUGAACAUUGCCCAAACCACAAAGACCAGCCAUCAUUAUCA